UGUUUUCGGAGCCGGAAACGUUCCUCAAAUGAUCUUGGGACCUUCCCGAAGGAAGGUGUGUGUAUAUAAUACUUCUCUCUGGACUCGGCGGGAUCCGUCGUGUUGAGGAUGCUGUCGGCGGUCGGGAUCGUUUUAUUCUGCAGCGCCAUUGGCGCCUAUGGCCGGCCCCGGGGCCGCAUCUUGGGGGGCCGAGAGACCGCCCCGCACGCCAUGCCCUACAUGGCCUCCCUGCAAGAAGGCGGGAAACACAUCUGCGGAGGGUUCCUCAUCUCCCAGGAGUGGGUGCUGAGUGCGGCCCACUGCUUGGAAGACACGGCCAACGGGACCUUCCAGGUGCUCUUAGGGGCCCAUUCGCUCACGGCCCCCGAACCCAACAAGCGCCUCUACGGGGUCCGCCGCUUGGCCGCCCACCCCGGGAGCAGCGAGGAGACCAACGAGGACGACCUCCUUCUCGUCCAGCUGUCCGAGCCGGCCACCCUGGGCCCCGACGUGAAGACUUUGCCGCUCCAAAGCGAGGACCGGGAAUUGCCGGCGAGGACCUUCUGCCUGGCGGCCGGGUGGGGCUUCACCAAGAACACCGGGCAGCGGCCGGACCGGCUGCAGUGGGCCGAGCUGCCCACCAUGAGCCGGGCCGAGUGCAACGAGCGGCGCUUCCACGACGGGGAGAUCACGCCCAGGAUGAUGUGCACCGAGGUCAAGAGCGUGCGCAGAGACACCUGCAAGGGCGACUCCGGAGGGCCCCUGGUUUGCCACGGCGUGGCCGAAGGCGUGGUGACGGCCGGAUCCCGUGUCUGCGGCAACUGGAGGAAGCCGGGCAUUUACACGCGUGUCGCCCCGUACUUGCCGUGGAUCAACGGCGUCAUGGCCUCUCCCAACUAAGCCAUGCUUAUCACUAUCCAAACAUACUAUGCCAUACACUCUGUAUUAGCUUGAUAUUUGUAUUGAAAUAGCCCUUGAAAGCA